AUGAAGAGAGCGAAGAGAUCCAGAGGUGACGAACUGUUCCCCCAACGCCCAACGACACCCAACAACAACCUGCCCAAACGGAAAGUCCCUGAAGCAGAAAGAAUGCGCAUGCAGGUUGACGACCCAGCAGACCUCGACGGAAAUGGCCAAAGAACGACCAGGAAACUCCCCAAGCCAAGGACGAGAUACAGGCCAUACGCGCCACCCAACUUCGACUGCCUCGGCCCAGAGGAGGACCCAAGCAUAGCCGCAACCCAACACAUCAAGAUCAUAGACGCGACAUCGACCCACGGCGACAUCACAACCAUAAGGGUGGAAGCGCAAAGACGAGGCUACACCAGCACCCCCCUUCCUCCAGAACUCAUGACGACCAACCCACACUGGGGCCAGAUACCAGAGGAAACCCAAGCAGCCGCGACGACGAUCCCCUUCACAACCACAGCACUCCCAAGAAUAGCGCACAAAAACUCCACAGCAACAGGAAACAUGCGCGAAGGCCUGAGGAAGAGGCUUGCAUCGGCGAGGGACACAUCAGUACUAAUCAUACCCUUUGGCGCCGGCAACAAGUUUACCAGAGAAAACCCAAGAUACCCAGAGCAAGUAACCACCUUCUUAAAGAGCCUCAAAGGCGCCGGAGCGAGCCAAAUUGUGGUCGUCCCCCCGUCACAUCAGUCAGCCCCCCCCCCCCCGCGAAAGCCUGCUUCGCCAUGCCCUUCGCCUACGUAG